UACCACCAUCUGGCGGUCUGGAUUUGUGAAGACUGUUUGGUGGAGGUGGGGUGAAUCAGCAUGUCUUUCCGAGACUUGAGAAACUUCACAGAGAUGAUGCGAGCCCUUGGCUACCCACGUCUCAUCUCGAUGGAGAACUUUCGUACGCCCAACUUCCCGUUAGUGGCAGAGAUCCUGAUUUGGCUGGUGAAGAGGUAUGAGCCCCAGAUGGACAUUCCCAGUGACAUAGAGACGGCAUCAGAUCGAGUGUUCUUCAUCAAAGCUGUCGCUCAGUUUAUGGCAACCAAAGCCCACAUUAAGGUGAACACAAAGCGGCUGUACCAAGCAGAUGGUUAUGCUGUCAAAGAACUGCUGAAAAUCACAGCCCUGCUCUACAACGCCACCAAGACCAACGAGGGUUUCCACAGCGACACGCCUGAUGACAACAGCAAAUUCAAAUUUGACCUGGGCUCUAAAAUAGCGGAUCUGAAGGCAGCGCGUCAGUUGGGCUCUGAGAUCACAGCCAAAGGGGCGUGUCUGUACGAUCUGCUGGGACGGGAAGAGGACCUGAGAGAGAGCAGGAUGGCGGCCAUCGCUCGGCCUCUGGAGAUAACUGAGACAGAGAAAACUCUGAGAGCAGCCGUCAAACAUAUAAUGGAGAGUGCCCAGAGGACCAGGGAGUUGCUGAAUAAUGUGUCGUCUGAUGAGUCAAGUCUUGAGGCAAAAAUACAGAAGAAAAAACAAGAAUUAGACCGAAACCAAAAACGGCUUCAAACUCUACAGAGCGUACGCCCUGCCUUUAUGGAUGAGUACGAGAGGAUUGAGGAGGAGUUGCAGAGACAGUAUGAGACAUAUGUGGAGAAAUUCCGUAACCUGAGCUUCCUGGAGCAGCAGCUGGAGGAAUACCAUCGUCUGGAGCAGGAGCGAUUUGAGGAAACAGAAAACAGCCUGAAAAUGAUGCAACACAAACUCAGAGAAGAGGAGAGAAGGCUUAUGAGGACAGGGGCAAGGGACGAUGACUCCGAUAUGGACAUUCCUGAUGACGAGGGUUCAGACACUGAUAUGGAGGAGGGCCGGCCCCUUAAACCACGCCCAUCAAACCACACCCAUAUGCCUGGGAGAGGGAGAGGACGUCUCAUUGGCACCAUGCAGGGAGGAGACAGUGAAGAGUCCAGGGUCAAUCAGUCUCUCUCUGUCCCCACCAGGAGACGGAGGAAAGGAAAGCAGUCUGAGGACAGUGAGAUAGACGUGGAUGAUGAUGAAGAGGAUGAUGAUGAGGAGGAGGACGGAGGUGAAGGGGAGGAGAAUGAGGAUGUGGAUGAGGACAAUGACAGUCUGGAAGAUUCCGUCUCCAAACCCAGCCGACCCACCAGAGGCAUGCGCCCCCACAUACUGGAGGAGAGUGACAAUGACUUCUAA